CACGGGGUCCUGGCUAUGGGCAUUUUUGUUUACGACUUAGACCUGGUGGUGUUAGCAGCCUUCCUUUUCUAUGAGGAGGAGGUGGAGACUCUCUGGACUGCUUCCCAGCUGUAGCUACUCUUUGCUGCUUUCAGCAUCCUUUUGCACACUGGAUUUGGACUUCUCCAAGGUUGUGUAUAUCUUCUCUGUCCCAUACUGAAUGGCCUAGGGAAGCAUGAUCUGCUUAGCUAGUUUCCUGCUGGGCCAGACCAACAUAGCAAUUUUAUCUUCAUUCUGUCAUAUAAAUAAUAGACUGUUGAAAAGCAGAAGUAUCUGCAGUCACUGCUUUAAUAGACCUACACUAAUAAGUGUACUUAGUGGAAUUGCUGUUGCCAGUAUGUAUCAUUCCAUAUCUGAAACCAGUCAUCCCUUGCAGGCAGAGGAACAAGAAAUAGGCAUUGAUCCCUUGCAGAGUUACUUAAAUAAGCCUGAUGAAGGAGGAUCAAGUGAGAAUGGAAAGACUCAUCAUACCUCAGAUUCAGAUGGAACAUUUAUUUCUUACAGUAAAGAAUGGGAAGAACUAUUUGUAAACAACAAUUACUUGGCAACAAUACGGCUGAAGGGGAUUAAUGGGCAGCUGAGAAGCAGCAGGUUCCGUAGUGUUUGCUGGAAGCUGUUUCUAAAUGUUCUACCCCAAGAUAAAUGUCAGUGGAUUGGUAAAACUUCAAACUUAAGAACAUCAUAUAACAAGAUUAAAGAAAUACAUAUAACAAACCCUCGAAAAGCUGGGCAGCAAGACCUGAUUAUCAACAAUCCACUUUCACAGGAUGAGGGGAGUCUUUGGAACAAAUUUUUCCAGGAUAAAGAGCUGCGAGCAAUGAUUGAGCAAGAUGUGACAAGAACAUUUCCUGAAAUGCAGUAUUUCCAGCAAGAGAAUGUGAGAAGAAUUCUUACAGAUGUUCUGUUCUGUUAUGCUAGAGAAAAUGAGCAGUUGCUUUAUAAACAGGGUAUGCAUGAACUUUUAGCGCCGAUAGUCUUUAUCCUGCAUUGUGACCACCAAGCUUUUCUACAUGCCAGUGAAGCUGCUCAGCCAAGUGAGGAAAUGAAAGUUCUUUUGAACCCUGAAUAUCUGGAACACGAUGCCUAUGCGAUGUUCACACAUCUUAUGGAAACUGCGGAACACUGGUUUUCAACUUUUGAGCAUGACAGUCAGAAGGAGAAAGAUGCAAUGAUGACACCUACGCCAUUUGCCAGGCCACAGGAUUUAGGCCCAUCUAUUGCUAUUGUAACUAAAGUAAACCAGAUCCAAGAUCAUCUGCUGAAGAAGCAUGAUAUUGAGCUGUAUAUGCAUCUGAACAGGCUAGAAAUUGCUCCACAGAUUUACGGACUACGAUGGGUUAGACUGCUUUUUGGACGAGAAUUUCCACUUCAAGACCUUCUUGUUGUUUGGGACGCAUUAUUUGCUGACAGCAUCUCUCUUGAUUUAGUUGACUACAUUUUUGUAGCUAUGUUGUUAUAUAUUAGAGAUGCCUUGAUCUCAAGUAACUAUCAGACCUGUUUGGGACUUCUGAUGCAUUAUCCACCAAUUGGAGAUGUACAUUCACUCAUCCUAAGAGCACUCUUUCUUAGAGAUCCAAAGAAAAAUCCCAGACCAGUGACUCACCAAUUCCAACAGAAUUUAGAUUAUUACAAAGCACGUGGGGCGGAUUUGAUGAAUAAGACUCGUGCUGGUGCUAAAGUUGCUCCACUGAACAUUAAUAAAGUCUCCAAUAGCUUGCUUAACCUUGGUCGAAAGCUGAUUGCGCCAGCUAUUGCUUCAGGUAGUGCUUCAGGCUCAGCUAUUGGUAGUAGUAGCAGCAGCAGCUUUCCUUCAGGUGCAGUGCCUAUCAGAAGCACAGCAGAAGCCUCCCAGCUUUACUACCACCAGCAGGCACAGCAGCAACAGCAGAGAAUGAUGAAAUCAGAAAGCAUGCCAGUCCAACUGAGCAAAGGAGAUGUAGUUACAGGCAGCGAAGCUCAGGUGUCUGUUCCUGCCCAGAAUCUUACUGCCCUCCAAGAUGUGGAAGCAGCAGGACCAGGAGAACACCAGAUGCCUUUAGCAACAGGCCAACAUUCGAAGAAUGUCAGCGCAUCUCCAAGCAUAGAGAGCUUGUCUGGAGGACGUGACUAUACGGGGUCUCCUCCCUUGUCUGCAUCCAAGAAAGAUUCCUUUUUCAGUACCAUCUCCCGUUCUCGUUCCCACAGCAAAACUAUGGGCAGGAAGGAGUCUGAGGAAGAACUGGAGGCCCAAAUUUCAUUUCUCCAAGGACAGCUAAAUGACCUAGAAGCCAUGUGUAAAUACUGUGCAAAGAUGAUGAACACACAUCUUGGAAAUAUUCAAGAAGUCAUAUUACAAGAACACUUGGAGAAAGAAGAUGAAAUUCUGGUAUCCCUGGCUGGCUUGAAGCAGAUCAAGGAUAUUCUGAAGGGUUCUCUGCGUUUCAAUCAGAGUCAGCUGGAGGCUGAAGAAAAUGAGCAGAUCACGAUAGCAGAUGAUCAUUACUGUUCUACGAGUCAAAACAAGGAGACAGGGGAUUCCCUAAAAGGACCUGUUUUGAUGAAGCCAUGCUCACUUUCAGCAUGUCAGGCUACCACUGAACCAAGAACUGGAGAGAGCAGAAGCACUGAUGACUAUAUCCUGGUUUCCAAAGAAGAGGAAGGAAACAGAAGUUCGCUGCCUGAGCAUGGACUCCUUCAAGCACACAGGGAGGGAGCCAUGAAGAAUGAGGCUCCAUCUCGUUCCUCUUUGGUCUUCUCUGAUCCUCUCAUGGGCUCUAUUUCAGCAUCUUCUAGUAACCUAAGUUCCAGCCCUGAUGAUGACAGUAGCAAUAAUAGCAAGGAUUCUGACUUCACUAUUGUCAGUCCUUUGGACAUCUAAGUAUAACAGCUUUGGAGAGUUUGUGAGGUCAAUUGCUACACCUCAGCUGAAAUAACUUUGAUUCCACAGGGCAGGAUGACUCAGGAAGACAAAAGGUAUGCAAAGUAACCCAUUUCAGCUGCUAGAAGCCUAAAUAGUAAAUCAGAGCAGGAAUUUGGUUGUAUCUCUUAAAGAAAAAAAAGAAAGAGAAAGAAAAGAAAAAAGAGAAUAUCCUUAAUAACUGGUUGAAAUACACACAUUGUCAUAGCCAGAUUUAAUAUACAACUACUAUUAGUUGUAGAAUUAUCUUAGUUAGCAUCUGCAGUUACUAAAAACUCUUUUUCAUCACCUAAAAUAAUAUAUUGUAAUGGUUAGUAAAUUAAUUAAUACUUGGCAUAACACCUAAAAAUAGAGGCAAAGCUCAGCUACUUAUUUACUUCUUCAAAAUGUGCCACACUGGGUUUUCUUCAUAAGAAGGCUAUUUCUUCAAGGACAGAAAAGGGAGGGAUGUAUAUCAAAAGGACUACAAAUAACAACUGCAAGUCAUAAACAGCAGAAAUGUCUUGGUAGUAUCCUUAAAAAGAGAAACACUGAACAAGAAAAGAGCAGCAGAUCAAGUGUAAGAGAGCAUCAGUUUAAGUCUAAAACAGCAACUUUAAAUUACUGGGAAGUUAGAAUGAUCAAUUAGAUGAUUUUGAAUUUUAAUAUGUAGCCAAAUGAUUGAAUGUCUGUGUUGAGUAAUGAUCCUUUGGAAUAGCUAAAUGAUUCUGUAAAUGUUUAAGAACUACAUGGCCCCUUUUGUUUAUAGAAACGGUUAAUUCCUGUUGAUGGUUUUUGUUCACAAAACUCUGUCAAGUUUGAAAAAAGAACUUACUGACAGAACAUGUGACCUGAAAUCAUCUCCAUUAUAAGUUGACUAGAAACACUGUCCACUUCCCCAAAGGAGUUCUGAAUUUGAAGGGACCAUGUGAUUUUGUUUGUUCACCCACAGAAAACUGAGCUGGCUUUUGCUGGAGGGUUGCUCUCUCCUGAGUAGGAGCCUCUGCUUCCUGAUUAUAGAAGUAGGCUGCAGGCCUAUUUAUGAAAAAAGUGAGAGAGAGGUUGAAAAUGGAAAUUUUGAGGAAACAGCAAAAUACGGACUUGUUUAAAAUCUUUUUUACCUUAUUGGAGUAAUUAGUUCUGUUGGGAUAAGGAAAAAAAGCGAGAGAACUAUACUUUGAUCCCAGGGGCUUCCCUCUUCAGUGGUUCAGUGGAAUGGUUAUUAAUGAAUGAAUUUAUUAGUUGUCAGUCUAAAAGAGGUCAUUUAAAAAAACUAAUGGAGACAAAGAAAUCUCCCUCUGCAAAUAGAUUUUAACUUUUUCUUUUAGAUACUGAAGAUGGUUCUGCUCAGAUACUAGUAUGACACCAGGUUCCUUGUCACCCUACAAGAGCUUCACAUUGAUUUGUCUCACAUAUUGAAGUCUUUCUCACCUGUGUGUUAGAGGAAUCAGGUAGCAAAUUCUUUGAAAGCAUGGGGAUCUGAAAAACAGUCCUCCUUCCCAUCAGAAGCAGUAAUACACCCCCUUUUCCUAAUUGUAUUAGACGAUUUUUGAUCUCACCAGAAAGAAUUAAUUGUUUACUGAGAUUAACUUGUCUAAAGCAGUAGCUUGCUAGGGGAAUUUAACCAGCUGAUGGUGUUAGAUAUAAGCAGAUUGAAUUAAAACAGCUUCCAGCUAUUGGGUGAACAUGAUAACUUACCAGGGAAGGGGAGAAAGAGCUCUGAGGCACUCAUAAUUAAAAGCGCUUUAUAUCCAGUUGCUACGAACCAUGUAUUCUCUAGAUGUAAAUGUGAUUAUAUGAUUUCCCUACUGCUAGUCAAAAAGCAAUGGUUCAGUGAAGUGAGUCACUGAAAAAAUUCUAAUUAACUCCAUAACUUGUAUUUCUAAUUGGAAAAUGAUAUACCCAUGAAAUGUAUACUGCAUCUCUUUUUUUUUUUUUUUUUUUUUUUUUU